CACACAUCAGAGCCUGGAAACAAGCAGCAUCGCAAAGAAAGAGUAACGACGACUAGAUUGACAUCUGAUAUCAGAGAUGAAGAGUAAUCUGUCAGUGAAGAUGUUGGCUGCAUUGGCACUGGUUCUUCUGGUGUCAAGUGUGAGCGAGGGACGGACUGUGGGUAAAUGUGAGCUGAAGUCCCUACUACAGGCAGGUCUGGGGGGAAAUCCUGGAGGAAGUGGUGGUAGAGUCGGUCGUGUGCGUAGAAAUGUUACUCCUGCACCUGAAAAUGUAACAGCAAGUGUGCCUGCAAAUGUAACUGCAAGUCUACCUGCAAAUGUAACUGCAAGUCUACCUGCAAAUGUAACUGCAAGUCUACCUGCGAAUGUAACAGCAAGUCUACCUGCGAAUGUCACUGCAAGUCUACCUGCAAAUGUAACAGCAAGUGUGCCUCCAAAUGUAACUGCAAGUCUACCUGCAAAUGUUACCGCAAGUCGGCCUGCAAAUUUCACCGGAGGAGUGACUAUGCCUGGAAAUACAACCGUGCCCAACAAUUCAACUGUAGAUUUGGGCCUCAUCGCCAGAAUCGUCUGCUCUGUGGAGCGUCUGUCAAAGUUCAACACUGAGCGGGUCAACACUAUCAAGAGUCCUGGCAAAAAACCAGGCCAUGGCAAGCCUGGACGAGGAAAGAGAUCCUUCCAUGGACGCCAAAAGCACUCGGCAGGUCGAUUUGAUGGCAGUUCUGAGAGUUCAGAGAGUUCAGAGGAAAAACAAAGUCUUGACACAACUCUCUUCGGGAUCUUCCAGCUUAGCAACAGAGUGGCCUGCGAUUCUGGAUCCGGGCAGAGUCUAAAUCUGUGCGGCAUUAAGUGCAAGGCUCUGACUGAUAAUGACAUCAGCAAUGACAUCGCCUGCCUGAAGACCCUGUUGAGCAGUCCCAUCAUGAACCAAUUUGUGAUUGUUCAUGAGUGCCGCAACGUCAACCCUGCGCAGUACUUCUCCAAGUGUGCCUAAAACAUGAAGCAUUUCCUCAGGACAAGAUCGAGCAUAAUAAUCCACAAAUCCUCUCUUUCCACAUCCUUAAGACAAAGUACAGCUGCAUAUGUUAAAUCCUGCAUUUCUUUUAGUUGUGCUGAAAAAUGUUUUCAAAAUGUAGAUUUCUGCUUGUAGACAUAGCAAAACUCAAAAUGCAAAUAAAGCAAUGUA